CUCUGCAGCUGGUACCGAGUCAGGUUGAUUUUUCGCCGCCGCACAUUUCUCUGUGAAAUAUCUGGAAGGAUCUGGAGGAAGAUGUUUCCGCCAUUUCUGAGGCUCUUCUUCGUGGUCGUCUUCGUACAAGGGAAGACGGUUUGCCGUGAUGACAUUGGAUGCGCCUCUAACGAUCCUCCGUACUGGUCACUGACCAGGCCGAUCUCCAUCUUUCCACAAACUCCAGAAGAGAUCAACACUCAGUUCUUCAUGUUCACAGUGAAAAACCCCCAGAAAUAUCAGGUUGUCAGUGCCAGAAAUCACUCCACGUUUAAUGAAUCCAAUUUUGAGUGCAGAAGAAAGUCUGUGUUCAUUGUCCACGGAUACACGGAGAAGGGAAGCGACCCCUGGCUGGUGGACCUGUGCCAGAAAAUUCUUGAAACGGAAGAUGUCCACUGCUUCUGUGUGGAUUGGAGUGGAGGAUCCAGCGCCAUCUAUUUCCAGGCAAUAAACAACGUCCAGAUUGUUGGGGGAGAAAUGACAUAUUUUAUCAGGACAAUUAUGAAUAUCUGCAAUUCCUCACUUUCCAUGAUACGUCUGAUUGGCCACAGUCUAGGAGCCCAUGCAGUUGGUGAAGCAGGAAAAAGGCUACAAGGAAUCCCUUUAAUAAUAGUUCUGGAUGCGGCCCGACCCGGCUUCGAGGAUGAAUCUGCUGAAGUUUCUAUUGAUCGGACUGAUGCCGAUACUGUUAUAGCCAUUCACACAGACGCAGCUCCGCUCGGGCUCGGGAUGAAGAAAUUGAUUGGUCACCGAGAUUUCUUCCCAAAUGGAGGAGAAAGACAAACGGGAUGUGACGGGAGUCAGAUCAUGGACCUGGAUAAAGCUACAAGUCUUGAAGGAGCUGUCCGGGACGUCGCUUUAUGUAAUCACGUUAGCAGUUAUUACAAAUUCAUAUCAUCGUUCCAUGCUCCCGACGGCUUCAUGGGCUACUGCGCCUCCAGCUACAGUGCAUUCCUAGAGGGCGAUGGCUUCCCCUGCUCCACUGGCAGCUGCUCCAUAAUGGGCUACAACACAGACCCCGGAAACGCCUCAAACUGCCGUGGCUACUACCUCAACACCGGACCCCGAUUCGACUACCAACGCUGGAGAUACAAAGUGACCGCGAAAACCAUCGGCAAUGAAUCUUUCUACGGAUCGAUAAAAAUCACUCUGUAUAACUCAACUGACGGCUCAGAUACACAGGAAAUACACAGCGGUCUUAUAGUAGGUGGCAGUGAGUACUCCGCAUUUAUUGACAUCAAGUUUCCUCCGCCUAUUUCCCGGGUCACAUUCGCCUGGCAGAAGUCUUUACCCUCCUUAUUCCUGAAUCCAACGUUGUGGGCCAAUCUUGUCAGUGUGAUCUAUGGGAACAAUGGAUCUCAGUACCAGUUCUGUGGUGGAGGGACAACAGAAGAUGGCGUUGCCCAGACCCUGACCCCGUGUCCAUAAGUUACCCACAUGUCACAGAAGUGAACAUCACCAAUAAAGGUGCAGAAUAAGAAGC